AUGGAAAGGAAAUAUUCCGAGUACAAGUCGUCGAAGACGGGGAAAGCACGAUCGGGAGGUAUCGGACCCAAAGAACAUGUCACAGGACGCUGGCUGUACAGCAGAGCUCGGCGCGGAACGGAAUCUAACGACACUGCGUGCCAGACGGAUGCGAACGGAAUGAGGGCGGGCCCGGUCCGGCGGAUCGCCGCAGCGACAUGCGGCAGCAUACGCGAACAACACAAACCCCGCGAGGACGUCCAUGCGAGUGAGAGAGAGAGUCCGGGGAGAACAUGGUGGGCCGUCCGGUACAGCAGCAGCAGCAGCAGCGCGCCGGAAGGGGGCCGACCGGAAAGAGGUGGGGCCGAGAUCGCGAUUGGUCGAGUGACAGGGCAAAGUCCACUCGACAGGCACGUUGUACGCUCGACGGGGUCUCAGAAUUUGCUUCUCGUGUUCUGCGGCUGUGACGAUCUGGGACUACUAAGUGCCCAUGGUGCCGGUGACUCGUACGAAGAGAGGAGAGGACGAAAAGCGCCUCUGCCUCGAAGAGAGCGGAGCUCUCGAAGAGGACGAGGAGGAGCUCUUCGACCGAAAUCCACCUCUGUUUGA